UAUCAGGGAAAGUUAAAUCCUUGUGAAGUGAGGUUCGUUUACAGCGACUGGUCCAGGUUUCACCUGCUGUCUUUAACUUACACCAGCUUUCGUGUUUACCCUYGAUCCUGCAGCCAUGGCGGUCCAACAUCAACCAACUCAGGUGGUGACGGUCACCUCCACCAGCCAGGGUGUUGGGACCUGGAGCACCGGCCUCUGUGACUGCUGCUCAGAUAUGGGCACAUGCUGCUGUGCUCUUUGGUGUUUCCCCUGCAUGCAGUGUCAGACGGCCGGUGAUUACGGCUGGUGCUGUCUCAUGCCGAUUCUGGACUUCUGCUGCAUAGUGUCCUGCGUACUCCGGUCCGGCAUCAGGGACCGCUACCACAUUCCUGGCUCCUGCUGUGACGACUGCUGUAAGCUCAUGUGGUGCUACCCCUGCGUCUGGUGCCAGAUGCAUCGAGAGCUGAAGAACAGGGCCCGGCAUCCGUCUGGCAACACCGUGGUGACCACUCAGAUCAUCCAGGGUUAGAGUUUUAUCCUGAGUUCAUCAAACACUUUUACAAAUAAUCAGAAGUUUAGUAGAUGUGCUGUUUUUUUCUUCAUUUUAUUUGCUAAGAAAUAAAUAUGCAAAACAGAUCAUUUGAGUUUGUUCCUGUAUCAGUAUUAGUUAAAAGACAAAUCUCUUAGUUUAGAACAUGCACUUAAGCGAGAAUUACAUGAAAGAAAUUAAUUUGUUUGUAAUUGUCCAACAUUUGUUGUAACAGACAUUUCUGUUUAAAACGUUAUGUUCACUCAGAUGUUAGGAGUUUUUUACGUUUUAUAUUGAGCUGGCUUUUAGUUUUUCAGCUUUGUUCUGCCUCUGAUUAACAAUAAAAUAGUUUUAUUGUGAA